AUGGCUACUACGAACCCUGGAUAUCUUCGGUGCAAAGAAGAAAGGAAUAACAAAAGCUUCUUCAUGGUGCUUCAAAGUGUUGAUGUUUCUUCAGAGAACUUGGUUGAAUCUUGUCGUUAUAUGACAAUGGGUCUUGCCGUAAAGCGGGCACUUCCUUAUGACUUUGUGAGAAGCUUCACGGACAAAGAGCUUUCCUUAGGAAUCUCCAAAAACCCGACAUUUUACUACAUGGAGAAGUCUGGAUGGGAGAAGUUUGUGAGGGACAACACUUUGGGAACCCUUGAUGGGAAGGAGAUGAUGCAACCUCCACAACCUAGAGCCUUCUUGGCAUCUUCAAGUCGUAUUAGAAGAUUCAGAACAGAACAAGGGGAAGAUGACAAGAAGGAAGAGGUGGUGUCUGAGUCAAGUAAUCGUGGCCGGACAACCGCAGCUGAAUCUGUUGGAAGGAAGCUCAAACUUGGGAAGAAGGCAGCUGAGGAAUCCCAAGAAUCUAAAAGGACCGAGAAAGUGGUUAGAGCCCGAAGAGAUGAGGCAGGUGCCUCUUCAUCUACUGCUGUAGAAUUCACGGCCGUAUUCCAGCCAGCAUAUCUCUACAAUCUGAGGAUCCGAAGUUCUGUUAAGGAUCAAAUGCCGGUUGAGAAAACAAUAUUCAAAGUCCAUCAUCCAAAUGGGAAGAAAUUUUGGAAUGUGGUGUAUCUGGGGAGUUAUGGAGCUUUCUCUGGUGGAUGGCAAUGUUUGGUUAAAGAGUAUCCCCUUGUUGUUGGGGAUAUAUACCUGCAAGUUUACAUUCAUCAAACCGGAGGAGCUACUUCUAGUUGUCUCCAAACCCUAAUGAUGAUGGAUGUGAGGGUGAGAAGAAAUUACUGAGGAAAAGAUCUUUCUAUUUAUUCAUGUUGUCUUAAGACUUUAGUUUGGUUUAAGUUGGCAUCUGUACUUUGCUUCUUGUCUGUCGAAUGUGUCUCUGUAGCUUAAUAUGUUGGGAGUUGGGACCGAUUAUUAUUAACCUAAUGGUAACUUU